AUGGGCCCAUCUCAUGGUUUCGUGGUGGAAACCUCAAUGCAACCGCAUGGAAUCGUGGCUGCCAACGCCUUGCAGUCAUCCUCUAGUGCUUUGCAGCCGCCUUCAGCUGCCGGAAUUGCAGAACAGCCGCCACAUGACCCUGGGACCUCCACAGCCUUGCAGUUGCCAGCGUCGAUUACUGGAGCUGCUCUGCCUCGCUGUCCUACCAUCGGAGCACAGCAGCAGCCACACCACUCAACUACUGGAUUUGCUGCACAGCCCCAUGGCUACUCCGACGUCGUCCCAGUCUUGGAGCAGAUCCAUUCUCUCCCUCCUCUGCGAUCACACUUGGCGUAUGCACCUGUGUAUGCCCCUAAUGGAGCCCUAGCCCAGAUGCCAUUGGGCCCGAUGCACAACACUCUACUUGACCCGCGCAGUCAGGUGGACCUCAACUCACGAGUCGAUCAGCUCACACAGAAGGUCGAUGAUCAGAACAACCUGAUCGGCCAGCUACUCAGGCAGAUCAACUUGAAUCAAGGCCCAAACCUUGGACCCAGGGACGAGGAGAAAAGGGCACACCAGCACGCCGGCGAGCAGUUCGAGAGGUCUCAGGCUGGUCAGACAAGAGCAAACCGACAGAGGAGAGAUCGAGAUCGAGCAGAUGAGAUGCAGACAGCCGCGAGCCAUACUCUGAGCCAUUCGGGGCUCGGACCAAGGACCAAUGUGCUCGAGAGGCUAGGCCCACAGUCUAAUGUCCACGCCCGUUUGGGCCCACAAGGAGUUCGAGUUCGUGAGCCGUCGCGCGACGAGCGCAACGACCGACGCCCACCAACCCGCUCGAGGGCCAACACUCGGUGGCAGGCUGUAGAAGAAUCCUCACAAGCUCAAUCUCUUAAUCUGCCCCACGGGCAGGGCAUCCAAGGGGAUCGACCCUUGGGGACCGAGGAAGGAAUUGGCAGAACCAUGGAAGUCUACGUGGAUGAUAUGCUGGUCAAAGCCCCCAAGCGUGGAGACCACCUCAAAAACCUCACCGAGGCAUUCAGCCUGCUCCGCCAAUACCGCAUGAAGCUGAAUCCAAGUAAAUGCACGUUCGGUGUAUCAUCCGGCCGAUUCUUGGGGUACUUAGUCACACAACGAGGUAUCGAGGCACACCCACGCCAAAUUAAAGCCAUCCUCGAGAUGAAGUCACCUUCCACAGUGAAAGAAAUACAAAGUCUGACGGGCAGAGCAGCAACUCUCAACCGAUUCCUCUCAAAGUCUACCGACAAGUGCAGACCAUUCUUCAAAGCUUUGAAGAAGGGGCAAAAAGACAAGUGGGACGAGGAGUGCGAAGUAGCUUUCCAGAGUCUAAAGACCUACCUUACUUCACCUCCCUUGCUCUCGAAGCCAAUUCUUGGUGAAGACUUGUUCGUGUACCUGGCAAUGUCAGACUCAGCCAUCAGCUCAGCUCUCAUCCGAGAAGAACUUGGGGCCCAACAUCCGAUAUUCUAUACGUCAAAAGCUCUCCUCGAUGCAGAGACUCGCUACCCAAAAUUGGAGAAGCUCAUUUUGGCCCUUGUCGUUUCCGCGCGAAAGCUGCGGCCUUAUUACCAAGCUCACCGAGUCAUCGUUAUGACUGAUUCUCCUUUGAGAUCAAUCCUCCACAGCCCUGAUGCUUCUCAGCGGCUUAUGAAGUGGGCAAUAGAACUAAGCCAAUACGACCUCCUCUACCGGCCAAAGACUGCUAUAAAAGCCCAGGCUUUAGCAGACUUUGUUGCAGAAUUCACACCAUCAGCCGGAGAAGAGAAGCUGGUCAGCAAAAAGAAGGAAAGUUCGAGAGCAGACAAGACCUCCGCGGAACAUGGCCAACCCAGAGACAUGUGGCAGCUACGCGUAGAUGGAGCGUCGAACCAGAAAGGAGCUGGAGCAGGCGUCGUCAUCAUCACUCCAGAUGGAACCCUGUUGGAGCAAGCUAUCACACUUGGCUUCCCAGCUUCCAAUAACGAGGCAGAGUACGAGGCAUUGCUCGCUGGCUUGCGCCUGGCAAAGGAACUAUCAAUCAAGAAGCUGGCCAUCUACUCAGAUUCCCAGCUGAUCACAAGUCAAGCCUCAGGAGAAUACAUGGCGAAGCACCCAAGGAUGAUCUUGUACCUUGACAAAGUCCAAGAGUUGUUGAAGGCGUUUCCCACCUUCACCAUCCAACAGGUGCCCCGAGCAGAGAACGCGCACGCAGAUGCGCUGGCAAGCUUAGGAUCAGCACUGGAUACCCAAUUCAGACGCUCCAUCCCUGUCGAACACCUUGAUCAGCCUAGCAUAGAAGAGGCAGAACAACCAGACCUGAUGCAGAUCGACGAGGAUCCUAGCUGGCAAGAACCCAUCAUCGACUACCUAGUGAAUGAAAACUUGCCCCAAGACAAAUUCGAGGCCAGAAAAAUCAAGCAGAAGGCUGCAAGAUAUUACAUGAAAGGCGACAUGCUUAUCCGCAGAUCAUACUACGGGCCUCAUCUCACUUGCAUCAAGUACCCGCAAACGCUCGAGGUUCUCUGCAAAAUACACGACGGCGAAUGCGGAAAUCACGCUGGAGGCAGGUCGCUUGCUCAGAAGGCUCUCAGCAUCGGCUAUUUUCGGCCUACCAUGCGUAAAGAUUCCACGGAGUAUGCUCGAAGAUGUGAUCGAUGCCAACGGUACAAGCCAGUCCCUGGUUUGCCAGCUGAGGAAUACCAUCCGCAGAACAGCCCAUGGCCGUUCAUGCAGUGGGCCAUUGACUUGGUGGGACCUAUGCCGAUAGCACCUGCCAAUAAGGAGAUGAUGAUCGUUGCCACUGAUUACUUCACUAAGUGGAUCGAGGCCGAGGCUUUGUCUUCUACCAAGGAAGCUGACGUUGAACGUUUCAUCUGGAAGAACAUCAUCUGCAGAUUCGGUUGUCCGCAAUCGAUAGUUACUGACAAUGGUACACAGUUCGUGGGCAGGCAGAUCACUGCAUUUUUUACGAAGUAUGGCAUCAAGCAACACCUGUCAACUCCCAGAUACCCGCAAGGCAAUGGUCAAGCAGAGGCAUCCAACAAGAUCGUGCUGGACUGCCUAAAGAAAAGAUUGGAAGGCGCAGAAGGAAAAUGGGUCGACGAGCUGCCAGGAGUUCUAUGGGCUUAUCGCACAACCAAAAGGAGAUCGACCGGAGAAACACCAUUUUCCUUGGCCUAUGGGACGGAGGCAAUCAUUCCUCCACACAUCACAGUCCCUUCCAUGAGCAUUGAAGUGGGCAGUCUUGACCAAAACUGCAGGCAGAUGAGAGUCAACCUUGACCUGCUCGAAGAAGAACGAGAAAAGGCCAUUGUUCGAGUUGCUGCCUACCAGCAGCAGUUGGCAUCCUACUACAAUAAGAAGGUCAAGAUCAGACAGUUUCGGCCUGGAGACCUUGUGCUCAGAAAGACUUUUAUCACAUCACCAAGGCAAGGAUCAAAGAAAAUGAAGCCAAAUUGGGAAGGCCCCUACAUGAUCAGCCGAUCUGGGGGCAGAGGAAGUUACACCCUCGACACUCUAGAAGGGAAGGAAAUUCCAAGACAAUGGAAUGCCCACCACCUUCGGAGAUACUAUCCAUAA